ACAGCUCUGCACUGGGCGGUGGAGUCUGGAGGAGGGGGAUUAGUUAACAUAGAGGUGGGGGGGAGCUGGGAGGAUGGGGUGUUAAGGUCACGCCUCUGGCCUAAAAAGGCAAAGCAGAAUACCAGCGAGCAGCGAGCCGCUCUAAGAAUAACUCUCGGGGCCCGAGGCUCAGAAACAUGGCGUGAAUGUAACAGCACCCAAUUAGAUUCUAUUCAGACCAAUCAACAACAAAGAAACAAUAAGAUUGAUCAUUUAGCAGUGUGAAACAAAUGUCCACACUGUGAUCACGUGACUCCAGCAGCAACCCUGGCUGGUGGGAUAAAGUUACCUUGAAGCUCUCUCUCCUCUGUUUCCCUUCUAACGCCCGUCUGUCCCCGUGGUCGAUCUAAUUCCGUCGGAGCGGGUAGAGGGGAGGGGAAAGCUACAGCCAGAGCACCAACCAGGCAAAGGGCAAAAGACAGUGACCACCUUAACUUGGUCUCUGUCCGUCUCCCCGGCCUCAUCCACUGGGACGGAAGUCAGCUCUCCGGACCACCUGGCACCUUUGGACCCAUGAGAAGCGUCUGACUUUUGGAAAAACACAGAUUUGACAAAUGAGAAUGGGAGAAGAGGUGUAGCGUUACCAGUUUGGGUUUUCUUUUUUUCCUGCAUAACUUCAGCAUAACCAGUCAUUCACGAGACGUUUCUAGAUUGGAAUUAAACACUGGGAUUAAAAAGCGUGCAGAGGAGUUGAGGAUCUACCAUAAAUAUUUGUAUUCAUGGCGACUUAAUCUGCACAAAGGAUUUACCGUUCUGUAACUAUGACUGAAGCAGUUGAAGCACGGUCAUCGACCACCACCAUGGUCAUCGACAGCAAGAAUGUAGACGCUGCGCGAGGGCCCAAGAAGACGUUUACGGAUGAUCUCCACUCUACCUUCAGCUCCCCACUAGCCUGGAUCUUGGUCCUGGCUCUAAUCAUUACGUGGUCUUGUGUUUUUGUCAUCAUGUUUGACCUGAUGGACUACAAGACCGUUUCAGGAGGCCUCAGCAAGAUCGGCUCGGACCCCAUGAAGGCGGUGAACUAUGCCGUGGAGGAAUCGACAAACGUGAUCAGUGUGAUGUUAAAAUUUGUCAUCAACCUGGUUGCUCCUGAAGAAGACGAAGGAAAUCUCUACGCGGUGAGAAAAAAAGGAGAAUUUCUACCCUCUCGAAGUAAAGUUAUAGGAAUGCAAGUGAUUGAAGUUGUGGAGGAGGACGAAGAAGAGGUGGGAGAUAACGAAGGAGAAGAAGGAGGGGAGGCU